GCGUAAGAUGAAAAAUCUUGAUUCAUUGGGAUUAUACUGGGGUCUUAUUCCACAAUUUAUAGAUUCAUUCCCGAAACUACCUACUGCCCAACUUGAAGUAGAUGUCUCAGGAUCAGGUAUAGCACGACAACCUGAAGAAGUUAUUGAAGGUCUGCAACCACACAAAAAUCUGAAAAAGCUAGUUAUAAAUGGGUAUCCAGGAAUCAAAUUUCCUGAUUGGGCUCUCCCAAAUCUUGUCGCUGCUGAAUUCACCAACUGUAGAAGUUGUGAACAUCUUCCAGCCCUUGGGAAUCUUCCGCUACUUAAGACGCUUUCUCUGCAAGGAAUGCAUGGCGUGCAGAGCAUUGGUACAGAGUUCUAUGGUGAUGGUACAUACAUAUGGUUUCCAUUACUCGAAGAACUAUCAAUAAGUGAUUUUGCAAACUUGAAAGAGUGGUCAAGUGCAAAUGAUGGAAAUGCAUUCCGUAGAUUGAAGAAAUUAACUGUAAAGAGUUGCCCCAAGUUAGCACAUAUACCGUUACCUCAGUCCCUUCAACAUUUGGAGCUGCGGAAUUGUAAUCCUACAAUGGUGCCCGUAGCAGAUUUAAGUUUGCUGUCUGUUCUUAUUAUUGACAAAAUUCCAGACCUAGUGUAUCUCCCAGAAGGGCUCUUUGCAUCAGCUAGUCUGUCUUCGUUGAAGAUCUUGUCUUGCCCCAAGCUUCAUUCAAUGCCUUUGCAUAUGCAAAACCUUAGUUCUCUGAAAUCAUUGACCAUUCGUUGGUGUGGAGAGCUGUCCUCUCUACCACAAAGUUUGCAGAACCUUAAAGCUCUGGAGUCACUGGAGAUUAGUGGCUGUGGCAAGCUAACAUCCCUGCCAGAUGGUGGAAUUGCAGGUUUGGCUUCCCUUCGAACUUUGUCCAUUGAAAACUGCAGUGAGCUGACUUCUCUGUCGUCGAGUUUGGAACAGCUCACAUUGCUUGAGGACUUGACCAUCUUGGACUGUCCAAAACUUGGUUCUUUUCCAGCAGGUGUGCAACACCUCUCCUCCCUUCGAAGUUUGAUGGUUUUGAACUGUCCUUGGUUUGAUUCUCUGCCAGAAGGGUUGCAAAAUGUCAAGACCCUGCACUGCUUGGAAAUUAGUAGCUGCGGCAAUCUAACAGCUUUGCCAGAAUGGCUUGAGGAUCUUGCUUCUCUUAGAUCUUUGACCAUAUAUGAUUGUCCUAAUUUGAAACUACUGCCACUGGGUUUCAAGCUUCUCACUAAACUCCAGCACCUCUCUAUUCAAGAAUGUCCUGAGCUUGAGGAAAGAUGCAGACAACGUAGCGGUGAGGAUUGGUCGAAAAUAGCCCAUGUCCCGCAUAAGUACAUUGGACCGCCUCAGGUAAAGCGGUCUGCCGAAGCGAGCACAUCGGGAAGCUCUUCUGUCCAAGAAUCUUCUCAGUAAGAAACUUCUAUUUCAUUGUCAUCAACAAGCUAUUAUCAUUAUGGGCCGCAGGGGUUGGAUGUUUUGAGGAGAUAGUGGCCACAGGGGAAAGUUUAUUGAUGAUAGGCUUUUUGGGUUUUAAUCGUUUUAUACUUGCAACUGCCUCCCAAGAAGCUGUUUCAUUGCUUAAUGGCAGAAUGGAUUGGUGGAGCAACAUUGGCAAUGUGAUGGAAGAUUUAAGACGGUUGGUGGUCGACAUGUACGUGACGGAUGUUUUGUAUCAACCUUGAGAGGGCAACGGUGUGGCGCAUGCUCUUACUCAAUUUGGCUUGAAGGAAGGCUCCAGUUUCUUUUGGACGGCACCACCUUGGCUGGACUGUCUUCUAGGGAAAGAUAGGGAUGUGGGGGUAGGGUGUUUUUUAUGUAUUUUUUGUGGAGGUGUUGUGGUAUUCUUUUUCCCUGUUUAGAUUUUCCUCUUUGCUGGGAUUUUUUAUGGCAAAAGUUUUAACGAGGCCAUUGUUUUUGCCCCCCUAUACGUUUUCCUAGUUGAAUGAAAUUCUCCUUUUUUAUUUUAAAAAAAUAGGGUUUACAUGUCUCUCUUAAUUUUGGUUCUGUUUAUUUUUUAUUUAAAUAAAGUUUUAGUCAUAUUGCAUU